ACUUAACAGAAAAGAGUUCCUUUUAAUGUUGACUUGCUAAACAGCGAGUCGGGUUUUCAGAAAUAAAAACAAUCCAAAAUGCCUCAAAAUGAAUAUAUUGAAUUACAUACCAAGCGCCAUGGAAGGAGAUUUGACUAUGAAGAGAGAAAGAGAAAGAGGGAAGGCCGCAAGCCUCAUGAAAUGGCAGAAAAGGCCAAGAAACUUAGGGGCAUCAAGGCCAAAUUGUACAACAAAAAGAGGCAUUCAGAAAAAAUACAGAUGAAAAAGACAAUCAAAAUGCAUGAGGAAAGGAAAACCAAACAGAAGUCAACAGACAAUGAUUCUAAAUAUGGUAAUCCAACAUAUCUCUUGGAACGUGAGAAUCAGAUUCGUGCCAAAAUCCUCUCCAAUACCAUCAAACAGAAGCGCAAAGAAAAAGCGGGCAAGUGGGAUGUUCCAAUACCCAAAGUUAGGGGAGUUUCAGAAGCAGAGGUGUUUAAAGUUGUCAAAACUGGAAAGACAAAAAGGAAAGCUUGGAAAAGAAUGGUCACUAAAGUCACAUAUGUCGGUGAGGGAUUUACAAGAAAGCCUGUCAAAUUUGAGAGAUUUAUAAGACCUAUGGCUCUCCGUUUUAAAAAAGCCAAUGUGACACAUCCAGAGUUGAAGGCCUCAUUUUUCCUUCCAAUUAUUGGUGUGAAGAAGAAUCCCAGCUCUGCCAUGUAUACAAGUCUUGGUGUUAUAACUAAAGGAACAGUUAUUGAGGUUAACAUAAGUGAACUGGGUCUUGUUACAAAUGCUGGAAAAGUUGUGUGGGGUAAAUAUGCACAAGUCACAAAUAAUCCAGAAAAUGACGGUUGCAUAAAUGCUGUCUUGCUGGUUUGAAUGUGUAUUCUUUGGGGGAUGGGUCAUGUUCAAAUAAAAUUAUUAC